ACUUGCUCAUGCUUUCCUCAUAUGAGCCAAUAUAUUUAUAUCGUUUGAUUCCACACGGUUUAUUGUAUUGUCUUCGUCGAGUAUUAUUCGUAUCAGCAAUUUAUACGGAUUUCCGGAAUUUCUGUAUUGAAGGAGACGGACGUUUACAAGUCAUACUCAGCACGUAUUUCACCUAACUAUACCUAUACUCUGGGGAAACACACCUUUUUUCGAGGGUUCAGCCACCGUAGUAUUAUUGGGGUAAACCUAGCAGACGAAUAUACAGAGGUACACUCAGACAAAAAGGCCAGAAAAUGCCACUUCGCCAGACCUACAUAGUCGAGCACCUGGACCCGGAGCUAGGCCAGUGGUCGGAGCUCGAGUACAUCGCCAUCGCGCGCGAGACGCAGGCGACGGGGAACACGUUCAUGCUAUCCUCGCUUCCGGGAGAGUUCAAGGUCCCGGCGAAACUAGCUGAGAUCCCGGCUUUUAAGGCGGAGAGGAGGGGCGUUGAAGAGAUUUACGGCGAGGGAGAGAAGAAGUUGAGGGUUUGUCUGCUGGAUCCGCAGGCUGACAAGGAUUUGAACCCUGAGGAUAAGAGGGAGUUUGAUGUUUUUCUGUUCGGGGGUAUUUUAGGUGAUGAUCCGCCGAGAGAUCGUACUUCCGAGUUACGCAAGAAAGGCUUUCAGGGCCGUCGCUUAGGUCCCGUGCAAAUGACAACCGAUACGGCAGUAAGGGUGACACGGAUGGUGAUCGAGGAGCAGUUCACGUUGAACAAGGUCCCUUUCGUCGAUUUCCCGGAGCUCAAAUUCAACGAGCACGAGAGCACGCAAAUGCCUUUUCGAUAUGUAACGGAUGAAGACGGGAAACCCAUCAUGCCCGAGGGCAUGGUGGACUUAAUCAAGAAAGAUGCGGAUAAGAGCAUCGAUGACUUAUUUUAAGGCUGUAUAGGUACCUUUCAGGGGUUGGGAAUAUGGAUGAUCAUCCGUUCAAUAACUUGAAAAUACCCCAGCUUUAAGGGAUUCCGCCCUCCCCAGCUGUAGCGCUAGAGGGCAUCUACAUAUAGGUAGAUUCUCAAAUGUUCCACAAACGGGAAUAGAUAAAAUGCAACCUAUUCCAAGGACAUAUAUCACUUGCCACCCCCGAAUUGAACCUCAAGCUAGUAUGGCGAAAUGGUAGCCGUGAAUUGAUCAAAGUACCUGGUACAAUCACUAUGGUUCAUCCAAGUCCAUAGCUUCAGCUGAAUCACCGGAGUCAGACCCACUUUGGCCCGAAUCUUCGUCUUCCUCAUCACCAUCCCCUUCACUCUCAUCCUCUUCGUUCUCGCCCUCUUCAUUGAUAUCAUCCAUCGCUUCAUCAUCUUCACCCUCAUCUUCUCCCUCCAAUUCUUCUUCCUCCCCUUCUUCCACCCCUUCCUCUUCAUCCUCUCCCUCCUCACCCCCAAG